UUUCUUAUUUCAGAAAUUAGAAGGAUCCACAGCUUCUCAGUAAACGUGACUCUGGACGCAGAAACGGCGCAUCCGCACUUACAGGUGUCCGCAGACGGUAAAGAGGUGCGAGACACCGGAGAGAGUGACGUCAUCCCGGGCAGCCCGCAACAGUUCAGCCUGGUCGGAGGAGUCCUGGGAAAACCGUGCAUCACGUCGGGAAGAGCUUUCUGGGUGGUGGAGGUGGGGAAUAAGGUGGGCUGGGAGCUGGGGGUGAUGAGGGACGGAGCGAACCGGAAGGGCAAAGUGUCCUACAAACCCAGCGAGGGUUACUGGGCCAUCGUGCUCUGCGGUCAAAAAAUGUACGGCGCUUUUGAAGACCCUCCAGUCCUGCUUCAGCUCUCCUCCAAACCCUGGAAGCUGGGAGUGUUUGUGGAUUAUGAGGAGGCUAUGGUCUCCUUCUAUGAUAUGGAGGCUCUGUCACAUAUUUACUCAUUCACUCAGUGCAGCUUUAAUGGAGCCAUCCGUCCGUACUUCAAUCCUCAUCCCAACAAAGACGGAUCCAACUCAAGCCCGUUGGUCAUUUGUCCUGUUAAUCAAACUGACAUCUCUGUGUGAAAGUAAGGCCUGAUUUUGAGAGUUUGAAAUGUGAAGUAUCAGAAUAUUCAUAAAUAUUAUGAUUGCCUUUCGUUUAUGUCUUUGUUUUCUUCUUUGGUAUGAUAUCCUCUGUAGUACUUUGAGUGGUUUGAAAAGCAAACAAGCAUUGAGGUGAAAAUUAUACAUUGUACAUCUAGAGAUAUUUA